AUGAGAUUAGAAGUAUUAAUUAUAGUUAUUUUUCUGCUUUUAAAAAUUAAUCUCAUUCAAUGCUUGAAACUUAGAACAGGCUAUGACAAUUAUUCUGAUAGUGCAGAUACAGAUCCUCGAAGCAGUAAUAUAAAAGAUUCUGAGUCUGAAUAUACUAGCGGAAAAUAUUCAUCUGAGGUUGUAAAUGGACCAAAAUACUCAACAAAAUCUGCAAAAACUGACUAUGCAUCUCAGGUAGAAUCCGAAGAUGGGGAUGACGAUGAACCCGAGAAAGCACCACUUAAAGUUCAGUCCGAAAAAGCUUAUAGCGAAAAAAAUGAUGAUUAUUCUAAUGAAGAAAGUAGUGAAGUUGAAAUCCCUAAACGUAGUUCUAAGAGUACAGAAAAUGGUCAAGGAGAAGUGAAUAUGCCACAGAUACAGUAUAUGGCCAGACAACAAAGGUUCAACUUAGCAAGUACUGUGAAUCCUCCAUCAGAUGUUUCAAAUAUUAACUAUGUAUUUCUUUCUCCGGCUGCUCAGAGACAAAUUGAUAGAAAAAUCUCUAGGCUACAAAGAGGGGGAAGAUACCACGGAUCAAUGAAGGAAACUAAGACCGUUGGAGAAUGGCAAAAACGUUAUUAUAGUAGGCCUGCAACGGAGUAUGGUGAAGUUAAAGCCUCUAAUCAAGGAACCAGCUCAAUUUUUACAUGGAUAAUCCUGGGAUUUAUAGUUAUUCUAAUAGUUGUAAUUUGUACCUGUGGAGUCUGCUUUUUAAGCAAAGAAUAA